CAUUGCAAACUUUGCUAAUUUUACGCACAUCAUUCUCGACAUGAGUAAGGAAAUUCUGGAGAAUUCUGUUGAGAGCACCCAACCCAACUUCGAAAAAGCAACGCUUUGGUUUGACAGUAUGACGGUCUACAUCGACAUCCUCGAGAAGGUCCAAAAGGACAUGGCCGAUGAGAUCCUGGAUCGGCUCGAGAAGGAACUCGAAGAUGACACGGAAAACAUCGCCGUCAGCAUCUUCCUUGUCCUAGUCGUCAUCAUCAUAUGCCCACUCACCCUCCGUGCCAUCUGGUCGUUGACCACGGUAUUACAGAACUACGCCCUGACACUGGCCGCACAGACCAAGGAGUUGAACAAGGAGAAGAAGCGAUCAACCUACCUCCUCAAUGCGAUGUUGCCGCCGUCGGUGGCGCUACGGUUGAUGAACACGGAAGGCGUGAACGGUGAACUCUACGAGUCCGCCUCAGUCAUGUUUGCCGACAUCGCCGGGUUCAGUCGGCUCUGUGGACUAAGUGCUCCGAUGGAGGUUGUCGAAAUGCUGAAUGGAUUAUAUUUGCUAUUUGAUUCUCGAAUUGAACUCUACGAUGUAUACAAAGUUGAAACCGUCAACGAAACGUACAUGCUCGCAUCAGGUGUUCCAGAGCGCUAUGAUCGACAUGUUUGUGAGAUUGCCACCGCGACCCUUGACCUCAGACAUCAUGUGAACAUCCUAGAGGUUCCUCACAAACCUCACAUGAAGAUCAGAGUUCGCUUCGGAAUACACAUGGGCUCAUUGGUUGCUGGAGUGGUAGGUUUGAAGAUGCCUCGAUAUUGUCUCUUUGGAGACACAGUCAACACAGCUUCUAGGAUGCAGACUACUGGACUCCCUGGACAGAUCCAUGUGAGUCACAAGACAUACAUGGGAUUAUUGGAAUGGGGAGGAUACAGCUUUGUCAAACGUGGCAAGAUCGAUAUAAGGGGUAAAGGCACCAUGUACACGUACUGGUUGACCGGUCGAGAUGAUUUUGAUAUUUUAGGUCUGGACGUAUCGGCCCGGGACCAUAUGGGUAUACAGGAGCAUCGCUAUGCUCACAUGUACGAUCAGAUGUACAAAGGUCGGGUACAGUUCGCCGGGAAAAAUCUCUCAGAAUCUCCAACAAACCUGUGAACUAUACUUUCUGCAUUGCGGUAACAUGCAAAUAGAAUUGGGGUUACUCAUUUUUCCAGGGGUUCUGUCUUCCUAAGAUUCAUAAUUCCGAAAACGAUACAGGGGGUAUCAAUUUUUAACAUUCAGAACGACAUGCAUGUAACCGAAUAAACUAUU